UUCGAUUUUAGCGCUGUUGUUCAUUUUGACAGUUCGCUAGACAGUUCAGUUUACAAACAAAGUCACAUUGCUCCGUGAUUCGAGUCGACACAGUAUACAUUGUCUUCAAAAUGGACCGAAAAUUGAAUUUGGCAAAAAUUGCUGGUAAGAAUUCCAACAUCACUAAAUCGAUCGAAAAUGCAAUCAAAAAUACGGCACAACCUCAGUCUGGAACAGAAUCUCCGUACUUUUCGCCGGUUGCUGGUCACACCAGAAACAAACGCAACGAUGAUGCGAAGUCUACCAGUGGUAUAAAAUUGAAGUCGACCGAGACAAAACCAGCAUCAGCAUCUGAAACUGUAGGUAAAAUUGAGAAAAAGUUGGCCACUGAAUUGCAAAAGACGAAGUCAAGAAAACAUGUGAAAGUUGAAUACGAAGAAAAUGAAAACCCGGUUGUCAUCAAGAAAGAGAUAAAGAAGGAGCCUAAUGACGAUCAACUACCACCAAAAGGAGCUAAAAAACGUUCAUCAGGUGGCACAAAAGCCGAUAACAUCAAAUCGGAGCCAAAAGUGAAAACUGAAUCCGGCGUCAGUGAUGAUUCAGCAUCACCAGAGAAACAAGUCAAAUGGGAACCGAACAACUGGCGUGAACUACUUGCUAAUAUACGUGAAAUGCGCAAGGAACGCACUGCUCCUGUUGAUACAAUGGGCUGUGAAAAAUGCCACGAUGAAUAUUCAGAUGAAAAAACAAAGCGAUUCCAUCACCUUGUCGCAUUGAUGCUAUCGAGUCAAACCAAGGAUGCCGUCACAUAUGCAGCAAUGAGCCGUUUGAGACGCCAUGGUUUAACACCUGAAGAAAUGGUUAAAACAAGUACAAACGAUUUGGAACAACUUUUAUACCCGGUUGGCUUUUAUAAAACAAAGGCAAAACACAUUCAAAAAACGUCGCAAAUAUUGAUCGAUCAAUUCCAGUCUGACAUUCCAAAUGAUAUCAAAGGUUUAGUGAGUCUUCCUGGCGUUGGUCCAAAAAUGGCGCAUAUCUGUAUGCGCGUCGCUUGGAAUAUUGUUACUGGAAUCGGAGUUGAUGUUCACGUUCAUCGUAUUUCCAAUCGCUUGAAAUGGGUACCGAAGGAGACAAAGGAACCAGAACAAACACGUAUCGUCCUGGAAAAAUGGUUACCGUUCGAAGAAUGGGCUGAGGUCAAUGAAUUACUCGUUGGAUUUGGCCAAACUAUAUGCACCCCGACAAAUCCACACUGCGGCGAAUGCUUGAAUGCCCACAUUUGUCCAUCCAGCAACGUUAAGAAUAAGAAGAAAGCAUGAAAUCAUUUUUUUUUCUAAAUAUUUACCAUUUUCGACUGUAAAAUCGAAACAUUGUGAUUGUCCCCGCUAAAAAUGCUCAAAUCAUUAUAGUUCAAAUAUCAAUUAAGUACAAAAUUUUCACAAGUAUAUCAGAAUAGUCACCACGGGUUUGGUUCUCGUAUAUGUAUUCUCUUUUAUUUCUAUAAAUUCCAAUGUGUAAAACAUUCUCUCGUUAAAUCUAUCAAAUACAAUCAUAAAAUCUAUGGAAGGAUAGAUUUAGAUCAUCUAGAACAUAAAAAGAUGAUGAUAUGAUAAAUAAUAAAAAAUGACAUUACAUAUAUAUGUUUCAAUAGUCAAAA